UGUCACGUUUGAUGUCUUGCUUAGGGUGCCUUGUCUUGCUUGUCUUGUUUUGUGCAAAGGACGCAGAAGAAAGGAAGCCAAAGGCAAAGUCCUGAAUAAUCCCCCGGAGGAGUUCUUGGGUUUACAGUUUCUCUCUCUCUUUUUUUUUUUUUUUUUUACUUGCAUCCCACAAUACGUGGUGGCGUAGUAAUCCAAAGAAUACCCGUUACUGACAAUCGCGUUUACCGUAAAUUCAGUCCACGCCCGCCCGUGCCUAGGCCCAUUGGCAUAGGUAGAUAGAUCCAGGUAUGCGCUUUCGGAUAAAGAUCUUCCCCCCUUAUCGGGCUUCACCCCCAAUCCCUGCCAAUAACAUGUCCGCUUUGAACAACUGACCACCAUUUUUGGAACAAAAGGUCUUUUCCUUCUAGACUAGACCAGGACUCUGUACCUACAGGCCUUAUUCACUCGUUUCUUUGUUGGGUUUUCGGGGUCCUUGUUCAACUUCCAUUCGUUUCUGUCCUAGAAGCUCUUCUCUCGUUACCGGCCUGCGGAUCAUUAGCUGUUUCUUUUGCUUUUGCGACUUUUUUUUACGAAAACAGUAACCGAGCUCCGGAUUCGCCACAUCCGGUCUCCUACGAUACACUAAAAGUCAAUCGAACCUCGCGACGACGACGGCACAACAACCGCCUUCUUGGUACAACAGAAGCCGGCAACGACAGUCCGAUAUUCGUAGUAGAACGGCACAGGUCAACACUGGUUCAUUUGAAGAAUCCGGGAAGCUUUAAACUUCGGAUAAAGCUCUCACAUCAGAUCCCAAUUCACGAUUGAUUGGCCUCGGCUUCCCACUGUAGCCUUGACCCAGGGCAACCUGUACUACCGCCUGGUUUCGCCUCUCACAGCUGCCCUUCGUGGGCUCAAAGUCGACGGCAUGGAGUACAUAGAAAGAAGGGCGAUGGCGCUGCUGUUUAGGGACACCGACCCAGCCACCCAGCUGCUGGAGCUUCUGCAAGACCCUUUUAACAAUAUUCUGCAAGUACGAUCAGUAUGGUCAUCGCUUGCCUUCUCCGUUGCCGUCUGUGCAGGUAUCGCUCUGCUAUUCUCCUUCAUCCGCCCGUACAACACCGUCGUCUACGCACCCAAGUUGAAGCAUGCCGACGAAUCAAGGGCGCCCCCUCCGCUGGGCAAGGGUAUCUUUGCCUGGAUUGUGCCCCUAUGGACCACCGACGAGAAGGAGUUGAUUCGCCUGGUGGGCAUGGACGCGGCACUAUUCUUACGGUUCCUCAGGAUGUGUCGAAACAUGUUCUUUGUCCUCGCCGUCGUCACAUGUGCCGUGGUUCUCCCCACCAACAACAGCCAGAGUGGCGAUAGGGACAACCCAGAUGUCGACUGGCUGAUGAAGAUCACCCCGCGUAACGUGUUUGGAGAAAUUCAUUGGGUCACCGUAUGUGUCUCUUACUUCUCGACUUUUACCGUCUGCGGUUUCUUGUGGUGGAACUAUAGGAAGGUUCUGCACAUGCGCCAGGAGUACUUCCAGAGCGAAGAGUACCAGAACAGCUUGCACUCGCGGACAUUGAUGAUGUACGAUAUUCCGAAAGGCAUGGCCAAUGACGAGGGCAUUGCCAGGAUCAUCGACGGAAUCGCACCCAAUUCCUCCUUCUCCAGGACUGCCAUCGCUCGAAAUGUCAAGAUUCUACCCGAGCUUAUCAAGGAGCACGAAAAGACUGUGCGAAAGCUGGAAGAGGUUCUUGCAAAAUACCUCAAGGACCCCAUGAAUCUUCCUCCGAGUCGACCAGUGUGUAACCCCUCGAAAAAGGACCGGUCAUAUGGCACUUACCCGAAGGGACAAAAGCUCGAUGCCAUCGACUAUCUGACGCAGCGGAUCAAGGAUCUUGAGGUUGAGAUCAAGGAGGUCCGUCUUAGCGUCGACAAGAGAAACACGAUGGGAUACGGUUUUGCUUCCUACUCUGAUAUCAGCGAAGCCCAUGCGAUUGCUUACGCCGCAACCAAGAAGAAGCCGCUGGGUGGUGCCAUCAUCACACUGGCCCCUCGGCCGAAUGAUAUCAUCUGGGACAAUAUGCCUCUGAACAGUUCGACCAGGUCGCGCAAGCGAUUUAUCGUGACAUUCUGGAUUGCGGUCCUCACAUUCCUCUGGAUUGCCCCGAACGCCGGAAUUGCAAUGUUCCUCGUCAACUUGAGUAACCUGGGCCGUCUCUGGAAGGCUUUCGGUGACAGUCUGGCUAAUAAUAGGACCUUUUGGUCUUUGGUCCAGGGUAUUCUCAACCCAGCCCUUACCUCUCUUAUCUAUCUCGUUCUGCCCAUCAUCUUCCGUCGUCUGAUGAUGCGGGCUGGUGAUCAGACAAAAUCUGGAAGAGAGCGACACGUCGUGGCGAAGCUCUACUCCUUCUUCGUUUUCAACAACCUGAUCAUCUUCUCCCUUUUCAGCUCCUUGUUUACCUUUACCUCCAGCUUGGUCCAGCAGGUCAACAAGGGAACUGAUGCCGGCCAAGCUAUCCUCAAACAAAAAUUAGGACACGCCCUUCUGAUUUCGCUUUGCAACAUUUCUCCCUUCUGGGUGACGUGGCUCCUUCAGAGGCAAUUGGGUGCUGCCAUCGAUCUUGCCCAGCUUUGGCCCUUGAUUUACAGCUUCUUCAGGCGCAAGUUCUCUAGCCCGACCCCUCGCGAGAUGAUUGAGCUUACAGCACCGCCUCCCAUCGACUACGCGAGCUACUACAACUACUUUCUCUACUAUGCCACCAUUGCACUCGCGUACGCAGUUAUUCAGCCGUUGGUUCUCCCGGCAGCUGCUCUGUACUUUAUUAUCGAUGUGGCACUGAAGAAGUACCUCUUGCUGUACGUAUUUGUCACCAAGACCGAGUCGGGUGGUAUGGUCUGGCGUGUGUUGUUCAACCGUCUCGUCUUCGCGACCAUUCUGGGCCAGCUGGUCGUCUUCCUCACCGUCUGGGUCCGCGGAGAGGGACAAAUCGAAGCCGGUACCCCGAAAACCCAGGCCUAUGCUGUGGCGCCGCUUCCAUUCAUCAUGAUCAUAUUCAAGAUCUACUGCAGCAAGGUCUUUGACACAAAGAUCAAAUAUUACUCAACUAAGGCCGUCACAGGCGGCGAUCCCGAGGCUGGCAUGCCCGUUGGCAAGGAAUCCCACCGCAACGAUCGUCUGGCGGCUCGCUUUGGCCACCCAGCGUUGUACAAGCCUCUCAUCACUCCUAUGGUUCACGCCAAGGCGCAAAACAUCCUCGCUUCGGUGUACCAGGGCCGUCUCUCGGAUGGAAGGGAGGCUGGUACCGGUGAUACCAUGUCCACUUCCGGAUACUCUGACACUUUCAACCUUGGGCCGAUGCAUGCUGGCAAGCCCGGCAAAUCAGCUUCGAAAAUGCCUGGGUUUGAGGUGGUGCCUGAGUCCAAGCUAGAUUUCGAAUACUACAAGAACCGCGAUGAGUUCUCGCAGGAGCAUGGUGGCGGGGACAUAUUCAACACUAGACCUGGAACCCCAAGUCUCGCAGGCGGUCCGGACUCCAGACCAGGUACGCCAGUGGGUGGAAUGACUGGCCGUCGUCAGUUCUCUGCGGCGCAAGGUAUGCGGCCGCCCGCCGACCCGUUCGCCCGCUCCGGGUCACCCGGACCAGUUGGGUACUCGGCCUACUCCCCAUCCUCCCCUGGACCCAGCUAUCCAAGCCAGCAGCCCUCGCCCUAUGGCAUGGCUCCGACCCCAUACGGCCCGCCAUCAGCGAGCUUCGACAUGAACCGCACGAGGUCGCCCCUCUACGGGAUGGGCAUAACUGCGAACGAGAGCGGUUCCAACCUCGUGGGCAAUGCGGCGGGGAUGCCAAAGUCGAGGCCACCCGCUGCGCGUGCCGCCUCGCCCGACAUGCAGGGGUCGGCGGCGCCCGGAAUGUUGGGAGGCGGACCGUACGGAUACGGGAACCUUCCUCAGGAUGAAGUUCAGGAUCCUAUGAGUUAUGACUACUUUAGAGGUGCGAACAGCACUAGACGUCGCUGAGAUGUGUUUAUGUUUUCCCUUGAAACUACCUAGGUUUUGGCUUUUAACAAAAAUGCAACUCAUUCUUAAAACUGAAAUUAUAAACGGCUGGGCGGGGCUAUCAUCGGCGGUUAUUCUCCUUUUAAUAGAAAGCCAAGGACAAAUCUGGCUCCAUUUACUUGGCUAAAACUACCCUUCUUGUCUCUCUUUUUCAACCCUUUGGACAUUGUUGUCAUGUUCACAUGCGAAAACGAUUUGUACCGGAACUUUUACGAUUUGGGUCUUGUUCGAUCACCUUUGUCUGCUCUGCUGGGCUCAUUGCAUAUCACAUUUGUAAUGCUCGCAUAACCGGGGCGUCUUUGAAUCUAGCCAAACUUUUUUUUAGAAAAAAAAGCGGUUGGCCAUCUUUUGGUAAUAAGUCGUUAAAUUUGUUUGGUGACUCGAUUCCCUUGGUUGUAUCAUUGAUUUCAUCAUCAAGCUGGCAAGGCUCGAUCACGUCAUGUCGAGAAAAAGGCUUUAUCAAGAUCGACUUGGCCUUGUUGUGGUGUAAGUUCUUCUGGAGUCUAAAGCCAUGGUUUGAGAAACGCAACAGCUAGACUCUUCCCAGCUAGUAUUCUGUUUCAUUAUAUAUGCUGGAAUGCCAGCCUUCUCAGCCUUCAGGAGAUUGUAUGGGCAGCCCCGAAAUGGACGGGAAAACUGGAAUUUACUAGAUAGAACUAGUUCUAGCAGCAGGUUCACUUGGAGUAAUCCUGCCCUUGGCUGCAGCAAUACAACAGUAAUUGGAACGGUACUGAUUAGCCUUCGGUCGCAAGCUUUAAGCAGUUUAAUUUACACAAUCCGCAAGAUGUUUUCUUCGAAUUUCAGGGACCAGCUGACCGGCACCAUAUUAUUAAGGUUAAGGAAGCAGCAGGGAC